AUGGACAGAAGUUGGAUUUCAGGAAAACGUACUACGCCUGAAUUUCGUCAAGGGGUUGAGGAAUUUAUUCAAUUUGCAUUGAAACACAAAAAGGAGGAGGGUAAAAUAUGUUGCCCUUGUAGGAAUUGUGGCAAUAUUACUACGGUGUCUACAGAAAGUCAAUUACGAGAUCAUAUAUUUUGGAAUGGGUUUUCUAAGAAUUAUACCGAAUGGAUAUGGCAUGGUGAAGGGGUUUCAUGUAGGACAAACAAUAACUAUGAGGAUCCUGUAGAGAAUCUAAGUAACGAUCAUUUAUCUUAUGAAAAUGAUGAGUUAGAUGAUUUUGUGCAUGAUACGGAGGAUAAUUUAGAAGAGAGGUCGCAUGUUCUUGAUAGUUUUUUGAGUGAUGCCGAAAAACCUUUGUAUGAGGGUUGCACCAAGUAUACUAAAUUAUCUAGUAUGCUAAGUCUGUUCCAGAUAAAAGCAGAAGGUGGGUGGACUGAUAAAAGUUUAACAAAGUUGAUGGCAAAACUAAAAGACAUGUUCCCCGAGAACAAUGAGCUUGCAAGUUCUACAUACCAUACUAAAAAAAUGUUGUGUCUGAUGGGUUUGGAUGCAGAGAGGAUACACGCUUGCCCUAAUGAUUGUGUGAGUGACAAUGGUGAUGCUACCAAUGAACCUGCCAAGGUACUAUGGUAUCUGCCUAUAGUUCCGAGAUUGAAACGCUUAUUCGCUAAUGCCAAAGAUGCUGAAAAUUUAACAUGGCAUGCUGACAAGCGCACAAAAGAUGAAAUGAUUCGACAUGUAGCCGAUUCCCUACAGUGGAAACAUAUUGAUGAUCAAUUCGAGGAAUUUGGUCGUGAAUCAAGGAAUUUGAGGUUAGGAUUAUGUACAGAUGGGAUCAACCCGUUUGGUAACAUGAGUAGCCAACAUAGCACAUGGCCUGUUUUGCUCGUGAUAUACAAUUUGCCACCUUGGCUAACCAUGAAGCGGAAGUACAUUAUGUUGUCAUUGUUGAUAUCAGGGCCUAAGCAACCUGGGAAUGACAUAGAUGUGUACUUAGCACCACUAAUUGAAGACUUAAAAAUGUUGUGGGAUGAAGGUGUGCCUGUGUUUGAUGCAUAUCGACAAGAGACUUUUACAUUGCGUGCCAUGAUAUAUUGCACAAUUAAUGAUUUUCCUGCAUAUGGGAAUUUAUCCGGUCACGUCACAAAGGGUUAUAAAGCAUGCCCUAUUUGUGAAAAUGAUACAAAAGCAAUUCAUUUAGAGAAAUGUAAUAAGCAGGUAUACAUGAGCACUAGGGUGUUUUUUCCUCGUAGUCAUCCCUAUCGCAAACUUCGAAAGGAAUUUGAUGGAAAACCUGAGCAUAGAUCUGCCCCUAUUCCUCUAACAGGGAAGCAAGUCUAUGAACAGGUUAAGGACAUCAAUUGCGUAUUUGGAAAACCAUACAAAGCUACGACUGGCCAAGCUUGUUACAAAAAUAUGUCUAUAUUUUGGAGCCUUCCAUACUGGGAACAUUUGGAUGUAAGACAUUGUAUUGACGUGAUGCAUGUUGAGAAGAACGUAUUUGAUAGUCUUAUUGGCACGCUUCUAAACAUACCAGGUAAAACAAAGGAUGGAAAAAAUGCAAGGGAUGACAUGGUUAAAUUGGGAAUUCGACCGGUGUUGGAACCUGUAAAGAAGGGAAAACGCGAUUAUUUACCUCCAGCUUGUUACACUUUAUCUAAAAAGGAGAAAAGGGUCUUAUGUCGGUCCUUACAUGGCGUGAAGGUUCCUCACGGGUAUUCCUCCAAUAUCCAGAGGCUUGUUUCGAUGAAAGAGUUGAAAUUAAUAGGCUUGAAAUCCCAUCACUGUCACACUUUAAUGCAAGAGAUUUUGCCGAUUGCAAUCAGGGUAAUUGAUCCUGGGAAGUUGGAUUCAUUGCAAGCACAAGUAGUUGUCACUUUAUGUGAACUUGAGAUGUAUUUUCCGCCUUCUUUUUUCGACAUUAUGGUGCAUCUAGUAGUUCAUUUGGUGAGAGAAGUUAAAUUAUGUGGCCCAGUUUACCUUAGGUACAUGUAUCCAUUUGAGCGCAAUAUGGGUGAUCUAAAAGGCUAUGUGAGGAAUCGAUCCCGACCUGAAGGUAGCAUAAUUGAGGGUUACUUGAGUGAUGAGUUCCUCGGAUAUUGUACCGAGCAUUUGGCAGAGCUUGAAAUGGUUGGGCUCCCUACGCCUCGCCAUGAUGAAGAUAGAACACAAGGAAAGGGCACAAUUGGGCGUCGAGUCAUCACCCUUAGCCCUGAAAAACUAGAUCAAGCGUACUUAUACAUAUUACAACAAAGUGCGGAGGUGCAUCCUUAUUUGGAAGAUCAUAUGGAGACUAUCGGAUUGGAAAAUCCUGGAAAAGGUGAAAAGGUUAUAAGAUAUGAACACAACCGCAAAUUCAUUAAGUGGUUUCAAAAGAAGGUGACUGACCAGUUACAACAUGCACCACAUGAUGUCACUGAUGUCAUUAAUAUGUUAGCAUUCGGCCCAAACGCUAACGUUAUAUCCUAUGAGGGGUAUGAUAUAAAUGGGUAUUGCUUCUACACCAAGAGAAAGGAUAGUACUAGUACCAUGCAGAACAGCGGUGUUUCUUUAGAAGUGUCCGGUCUGCAUUUUGCGAGUGCCAAAGACAAUAGACCACGACAUGCGAAGAUGUCAUACUACGGAGUAAUUGAAGACAUAUUCGAACUUUAUUUCAGUGAGUUUAGAGUUCCUGUGUUUCAUUGCAAGUGGAUGGAAAUAGGCAAAAGGGUUAAAACGGAUGAUUUAGGAUAUACAUCAGUAAAUUUUGGUAAAUUGGGUCACCAUGAUGAGCCAUUCAUAAUGGCAUCACAGGCAAAACAAGUAUUUUACAUGAGCGAUCCAUCUGAAAAAUCAUGGUCGGUAGUUAUUCAAGGAAAGAGACAUGGUGUUGCGGUUGCUGACCUUGUGCCUGACGAGACAGAAUUUAAUGAAGUUGAUGAGAUUCCUACUUUUGCAAUGUAUCAAAAUACACCAGUUAGUAUAGACGACUUAACUGGACAUUAUUUGCGUGAUGAUCAUAAUGAAGGCGAAUGGGAUACACUGAAAUGA